AUGAGCUUCAUCAAAAGGGUCCUAGAUGCUGAGACCCCCGAGACCGUGUUUCUCACGGGGAAUCAGAUUUACCAUAAUAUUGCUGAUAGCGAGUCCGCUCCGCUGAAGUUGUUUACGCCCUUCGUCCGCCGCUCCAUCUUCUUCACGGCCGUUCUCAGCAACCAUGAGGACAAUGGCGGACAUACACUCUCUCAUAUGAAAUCCAAGCUUAUUUAUGGAGCUCUCUACUUGAAGACCAGGGCUCAUGAAAGACACAAUGUCUACAACUAG